UCAGAUGGAGCUUCAAAAUUUUGUCGUCUGCUAUUGAAAAUUGCAAAUAUUUAUAUUCUUCAAAAACAUUAAUUUAUAUUCCAUUAUUGUAAAUAUUUCUUGUCAAAAACAAGUGUUGAGAAGUUAAAAUUUGUAAUAUUGAUUUAUUUUGUCAAUUUAGUGCAGUUGUAACUCUUUUUAAAUCAAUAGUUAUUUUUUUUUAUUUUCACGCCUUUUUAUAGGUUAUGUUUUAAAAAAACAUGAUUUUUAAAUAAUUAUAAAUUAAUUGCUAUAAUGAAUAAUUUUAAAAUUGUAAUAAAAGUUAAUUUUACCUCUACAUAUUUGUCAUAGUAAUUUGAAGUGAUAGAUUUUCAAGAAAUAUGCGAAUUAUUUUGAGUAUUUCCUCACUUUGGAGAAGCACAAGGCAAAGGAAUUUUUCCUGUCUAUUGUGUUCGUCAAACAAUAAUUUCUCAACAGCACCAAAUAUUGAAAAUACACAAAAUGAAAUUGAAAUUAAUAAUCAAAAAUAUAUGACUGACAAUUGGACAAAUAUCACGCCAAGAAUAAUUUCAAAAAUUGGUCAAAAUUUACAUCGUCAAGAAAAACAUCCUCUUGGUCAUAUAAAAAGAAGAAUAAAAAAUUAUUUUUAUAAAACUUACUUGAAUAAUGCUGGUAAUCCACUCUUUAGCAUUUAUGACAAUAUAAAUCCAAUUGUCACGAUACAGCAAAAUUUUGAUUCCCUCUUAGUUCCCAAGGAGCAUGUGAGUCGUAAUAAAACUGAUUGUUAUUAUAUCAAUCAAAAUUUAUUAUUAAGAGCACACACAACUGCACAUCAAGCCGAACUCGUUGCAAUGGGUUUAAAUAAUUUUCUUAUUGUUGGCGAUGUUUAUCGACGUGAUGAUAUUGAUUCACAGCAUUAUCCAGUUUUUCAUCAGAUCGAUGGCGUUCGUAUUUGUACUGUCGAUGAAGUUUUUGAGAAUGUGAAAAAUUCACGUGAUUUAAAACUUUUUGAACAUAGAGGCAAUGAAAAUUCUGAUAAACAAGGUUGUCAUAGUUUCGAUGCAGUGAAAAUAAUGGAAUUUGAUUUGAAAAAUUGUCUCGUUGGUCUUGCUCAAUAUCUCUUUGGAAAAGAUAUUCAAUAUCGUUGGGUUAACGAAUACUUUCCAUUUACACAUCCAUCUUGGGAAUUGGAAAUAUUUCACAAUGGUCAAUGGAUGGAAUUAUUGGGAUGUGGAAUUGUGAGACAAGAAAUUUUACAAAAAGCAGGAGCUUCCGAACGAAUGGGUUGGGCUUUUGGUUUGGGACUCGAGCGAUUGGCAAUGCGUUUAUAUAAUAUUCCCGAUAUUCGACUUUUCUGGAGUACCGAUUCGGGAUUUUUACAUCAAUUCGAAGUUGAUAAUGAAAAUUCUCCUGUACAAUAUAAACCUGUUAGCAUUCAUCCACAAUGUUAUAAUGACAUAAGUUUCUGGUUACCUGAGAAUGAAACUUAUUCUUCGCAAGAUUUUUAUGACAUUGUGCGAGAAAUUGGAGGCGAUAUUAUUGAACAAAUCUCAUUGAUCGAUAAUUUUACUCAUCCAAAGACAAAAAAAACUUCACAUUGCUAUAGAAUUAUUUACAGACAUUUAGAAAGAGCUUUGAAUCAAGAGGAGGUGAAUAAAAUUCAUCAUCAAAUAGAAAAUACAUUAAAAGAUCGACUUCAAGUCAUCAUUAGAUAAUUUUUCAAUAAUUUUACUGAAAAAUUUUUAUUAAAAAUUUCCAUUAAAUUAUAAAUGUUAAACAUUUUAAAUAAUCUAUAAAAAAAAAUUAAUUAUUUAAAUUUUAAAAUAAAUGUAAAUUAAAUUCAAUGAAAAAUAUUCCAAUGGAAUAAAUUUUUUUCAUUUAAUGAUUAUAUCGAUAUUUUUGGAAUGUGUUAAGUUUUUUCAUUUAAAAAAACAUUCUUAUUACUAAGAAAUAUUUCAUCGUUAUUAUUUAUCUAUGUAAAUAACAUACAGUUGUUUUUCUUUUUAUAAAUAUAUUACAUACAAUUAAAACUAGAAUAUGCGAUACGAAAAUUUAUAAAUCUGUACAAAUGCUGAAGCAUAAAAGUGAAAAAUAAAGGGAUAUAACUUAA